AUGGCUGUCGAGACCGAACUCGAUACCGCCGCCUGUGAGGCUUCGUGGCCUUCGCGGCGCCUCAACCCCAAGAUGCUCACAUGGUGGUCGUUCCUCUGGAUCCUCUACAUUCCUUUUGGCAUCCUGCUCGGCAUUGGCCAGCUGAUCUGGGUGCUGGUGUCCGCGACGUGGAUUUUGUUCUUCAGGGGGCCCAAGGGCCUGCAUCCCAAGCAGAUCUUCCCGCUCGUGUCGUUCAACGUGGUGGAUCACCAGGGUAACCCGCUCCCCAACGAGUACUUUACCGCCUCGGAGUGGCGCGAGGCGUCGCACGCUGCGGUUCGACGCAUCUACUGCGCCGAGCACCCGUACAUCUUUCUAGAUGGUUGUCUGCCGACGCUGACCAACUCGUCGAUGAUCGUGGGCGAGGCGGCGAGCACUGGCAUUGUCGGGCUCCUGUGCCGGCCCAUCUCGGUGGUCAAGCGACGCGGGAUUGCGCUGGUCAAGAUGCUCGAAGAGUGGGUGCACAACCCGAUCCUGGCCAAAAACCUUGUCAUUUUCCCACAGGCGGUCACCGUGGCGCGCAACAACUUUGUCAAGUUUGGCUUGCCCACGUUCGAGUUUGCGGCGGCUCAUCCGCACCAGGUCGAGAUCGUGCCCGUGAGCAUUGGCUACGACAUGCCGUACCCGAUCCACCUGCGCAAAGCCGAUUCGAGCUUCCUGUUCGACUUUUUGCUGCUCAUGAUGAUGCCGUACGCCAAAGUGACCUACGCUCUGCUCGAGCCGGUCCCGCUGCACGGCAGGUCGGCGGAAGAGAUCAAGCAGGAGUGUGAAGACAAGAUUGUCGAGUGCUCGCUCAGGCAGUGCCAGCGCCAUAACAUCGACUACCGCGACAAGGUCGCCUGGAGGCACCUUCUCUCUGCACGCCUGCAUCCGACCUACCGCCAGUUCGAGGUGAGCGUGAUCAACGCCAUUCAGAGCAUCCCCGGUCUGCGAGUCCCCUCGCUACUGUUGCACUACGCGUGUCAGGAGUCGAUCCUGAUCAUUAUCGGUGCGUGCAUCUACUGGUCUCGGUGGAACCAGCUCGAGGUCAACAUCAUCAUGCGCGCAUGUGUCGUGACUUUCGGCAUGGUCAACCUGAUCAAGGUGCUCCGUCCCGUGCCGCGACCGGCGUGGGUGGCGGCGAACCGGCUGAGGCUCAACCCGUACACGCUCAAGACGCCGUUGAGGCAGUACGACUACACGUUUCCGUCGGGCCACUCGGCGUUUAUGGCGUGCGUGUAUGCGAGCUACUACUUUUCGCGCAACCAGCCGGAUGUGCGCUUUCACUUUCCCGCGUCGAUGCAUGCUGUGCUAGCACUGCUGACGCUGGCGAGUGGUGUGUCGCGUCUGUAUCUCGCACUGCACUGGCCGCUGGAUGUGCUGUGCGGUUGGGUCAUCGGCGCGGUGUGGGGGUGGGCGUGGGGUGCUUUCCUCAACGCCAGGUUCGAUAAGCUGCACAUCGGCAUCCAGAUCGCCAUCGCCAUCGGAGUGAGCGUCUUCUUUUUGAUCGUCACCAUGUUGCGCAUGUUUGUCCUCCCCGCCAAAAUCCCCGCAAAGGUGUGGAGCGACCACGUGGGCCAUGCGCUCAAGCUGCACGAUCCCAAGCAGCUCAUCCUCAACACAUCUAUGAUCUGGACUGUCCUGGCCGCAAAGGCGUUCCUGUACGCCUUCUACUACGCCGGCGCCACGGUGCUCAUCUGCCCACUCGGCCGCUCGUCCUGGCUGAUCUUCAUGCAGCUCCUCAUCGGUCUCCUCUCCACUGCGCUUAUCUACGUGCUCGUCGUCCACCUCCCCGCACAGCUCUACCCGCCCCCCAAGCCCAAGAAGCAGGACCCGGAAAAGGCUCAGCUUCUGCAGCAAACGUCGAGGUCCUUGAUGCCCGCGAUUGCGCAGGGGUACUCGCCUGCCGAAAUCCGAGGCGCCGUGCUGCGCGCCGCUUGGUGGCUGUUCGCUUCGUCGUUUGUGCUCUUCUACAUCACCGUGUUCAGCCAGUUGGUGGCGAGCAAGAUCGAAGCAUCGUACUGCUCCGUGUUGUACUACAACAAGAUCGCCACUUACGGCGACAAUUAG